CAACAAGGCAUCUGCCAUAUUUUACGGUCGCUUUCAGCCCUCGUGUCCAGCGCGAUGCCUCGUGGAUCACACCGUCCGCCCUCUACGCCGGCCUCUGGCCCUCUCUUAGGCCGUGGGCCGCCGUCCAAUGUGCCCCCUCCGACCAGGAAAAGAAAAAUCACUCACGCGUGUGUCUCGUGUCGGGCGCUGAGGACAAAAUGCAGUGGGCAUCCGUGCACCACCUGCCUGCAAAAGAAUAUCGAGUGCGUGGUUGACCGGGAGAGCGACCAGCGCAAGAAGAUCCCCUUAAGGCGGGAGAUGCAGGAGCUUGAGGAAGAUCAGGCCCUCUUCAUCCGUCUUCUACGAACCUUGCGCCAUCGCCACCCGGAUGUCGAGGCGCUUCUGGACUACAUCGCUGUUCAAAAACCCUCGCUGGCUGAGAUUAAAGUGUACAUGGACCGCCAUCUCAGCCGCCAGCUAGAACAAACGCCGGAGCUGUUGGAAGCGUACAACGAGCUCACCCAGGCCCAGCUGCCUGCCACGACGUCGGCCAGCCGAGCCUUGGACAUCGCCAGGCUGUGUGAUAUUCCUCCUUUCUCGGGACGCGCUGAUGUGUGGACCACUGUCACGAAUGAUGAUCAGUUUGUCUCGCACCUCCUGUCCCUCUUUUUCACCUGGCAUGCCCCCUUCUUCAACUAUAUCAAUCGAGAGCUUUUUCUACGUGAUCUACAAUCUGGCAGCACGGACUCGACGUUCUGUUCCCCGCUGCUUGUCAAUGCCGUCCUCGCUGAUGCUUGUUCUUACUCGGAUUACCCAGAGGCAUUCGCUGUUCCUGGUGACGUUACCACAAAAGGGGAGCACUUCUGGAGACAGGCCAAAGAGCUUCUGGACGCCGAGGAGGGGGAGCUGAGUCUGACUACUGUACAAGCAAUUGCACUCCUAUAUUCAAGUACUUCGAUCAUGGGUAAAGACCGCCUAGGAUGGUUGUAUGUUGUCCGAGCGUCCAAAGCGAUUCCACUUCUCCGGUCUUCGCAUCGAAAGGGCGCCCUGACUCCAGGAGUCACCUCAGAAAUGUUGGAUCGUUUAGAGUCGGGCUUCUUUGGCGCAUCACUGUUCAGCUGUCUGGCCAUGCAGAAACCCCCAGAAAUGGAAGUCCCGAAGUGUGAUCGACUUCCAGAGCAUCAGCACGAGGACACCUGGUUCCCAUAUCCGAGGUUACUCGACCCGGUUCCCAAUCUGCACACCAACUGUGUCACCAACCAGAGACGAGGGCUGGGAGAAAUUAGCUGGGAGAUUUGCCAGGGGCUCUUCGGCGAUGAGGGCCGGCCACCGGUGGCCGACAUGGAACAGACAAUCAACAAGUCUUACGAGCGUCUCCAGCGCUGGGCUAAAGACUUACCAGAUUGUCUCCGACCUAAUAAGGACUCGCUUCCCGAGGUGUUGAGUCUCCACAUGCAAUACCACACGAUCAUAAUGACGGUGUUUGCAUUUCUCAAAACUCCAGACCCAGCGGACCCCCCGCGAAUGCUCUCCAGGGCCACCGCACGCCAUAGAUGCAUCUCCGCCGCCCACGCCGUCAGCAGGCUAGUUGCCACUCUGAAAGCUCACUGGGGCGCUGACCGUCACGUAUACAGCGACCAUCACUUCAUCUGUGUAGCCCUGUUCAUGCUCAUCGACGACUUAGCCCAGAAGCCCAGCCACGAUGCCUUCCUCAUCCUCGCCACGGCCGCUCUCCCGCUGAGCUCUCGCUCUCUGAUUCUGAAGGGAAUGUUUCGGCAAGUACAGGUCAUGACAAUCCAGGCGAACGCGUCGCUAUCUCCGCAGAUUACGCGUGUCUUCAAAAGGUUUGAAAGGCGCUUGUGGCGGCCUGAAGAUAGGCGACAUUAUAGCAGCGCAUAUCCGAAUUUCGCGGCCGCAUUGAGGCAGUAGGACUCGGGUAAUCAAGAGGAUUUUGAGAUGGAUGAUUUCUUGCAGACGUGGAAUGACUUUACGAUUGGGCAAGCGGAAGACUCUUCUGCGAGUGAGCGGGAGAUAUAGGGAAAUCACGUCCGACUACAGAAGCGGGAACUAUAUUUAUAUUCAUUUAAAACCGGGUAACAGAUGUAGACUUGAUGAGUACGGAAAUGUGAGGUGAACGCAAGUCAUGAGCCCUGAGUUUACAAACUGUGCUCAAAGCAGUCUAGCACUCGAUAAGUCUUUGCAGUGGGAACUCAUGUUUAUGAAUCAGGUAGAAUAUAAUGAUGAUGGUAUUCGACAGGCGUAAGCCACUCAAACAUUAUGCCCUUCUCGUGGGCAGCCUUGCGAUCCAGCUGGAGGUCUUUUAUCG